UUGAGUCUUUUUUCAGAAAUCGAAAGUAUAUGUUUGGCUAAGUUAAGUAAAUGUUUAAUAAUUACAUAUAAUUGAUAUGGACGCAGAUUUCACUAAAUCUUUUAAUGAAUUACAAAAAGAGCUUGAUGAGACAAGGUCUGGUUUGGAUGUUCUUAAUGACAACAUUCGGAGAAUUGUGGGUCGGCCCAGAGAUUUGGGAAUUUACAGAAAUGUUGAUCAAGGCGUGUUAGACGAAGGUGGUAUGAAAUAUGGAAAUGGGUUGAAACAAAAAAGAGUUCAUGAUGAAAGGUCUGUAUUUAACCGUUUAACGAUUCCUAAUGAGGAAACGAAAUCACGCUUAAGCUCACGAGUUAUACGCGAACUACCAACACGCCAGGAAGUACUAGAAGCACAGGGAUCUGAUAAGGAGUCGAGGGCAAGAAAUCGCAGAAUGUUUGGUUCAUUAUUAGGAACUUUGCAUAAGUUUUGUCAGGAAGAAUCGCGUUUAAAACAAAAAGAAGACAAAAAAGCACAAAUUGAAAAAAAGUUAGAAGAACAACAACUCCUCGAGCAAGAGACAAUAAAAAAAGAGCGUGAUUCGCUCUUAAUGGACCGGAAGAAUAAGCAAACAAAAAUUAAAACUUUAGAAUUAAAGUUAAAUCGAGUAAAAGAUUUUGCAACGUUUGAGAAAUCUGUAUCUAACCUCCGGCACUGUAUUAGAACAAAGACAAAGCCCUUUAUUUAUUAUAAGCCUUAUAAGCUUAGCAAGAAAACUGAAAAGCUUGUGAGUAUUACUCGGGAUCUUUUGGCCACGGAAAUGAAAGAACGAAAACUGGUUAUUAACAAUGAAUUAAAAGGAAUGGAGCUCGAGGAUGAAAAUGGUGCCCCUUCUACGAAAGAAGACAUAAAAUCUGUUUGUGUUUGUAAAAAUACACACGAUCAUAAGUCGCCCAGACCAGUGGAGUGUGAAAUCAGACCAUGUGCAGUUCAAGGAGAAACAGAAUUCAAAGAAAAUAAAUCAAGGACCUUGAACGAGCCCGCACUAAGUAGCAGUAUAAUAGUUGUAAAAAAAAAACUAGUAGGUUGACAUAUUUGAUAGAAUAAAAAGUGAAUAUUUAAAUUUCA